AUGGAAGUUGUUGGUGUCAUCGCAGCCAUUCCUGAGCUGCUGAAAAUCGUGAAGCGUACGGCUGAUGCUGUGGGAAAGCUCAGCAGCAAGGCCCGAACUGCAAAGACUGCUCAGGGCGUCCGCAUCCAACUCGACCUUCUUGCUGAGAUCCUUGACAGUAUCCGGAGACGAGAGGAAAGAACCCCCUCCGGCGGAGUCCAGCAUUCUCGACUAUCCCCUAUCAUCCGAGAUGUUGAGAACGAAGUCAUAGGCCUGCAGCGUCUAGUUGAAAAGGUCGAGGGUUCACAUGGAGGGCCUGGUUUUCUGAAGAGGGCACAACUGGUUAUCACUGGAUUCGAAAAGCAGUUCAAUGAACGCAGGGACACCCUGGACAGACUGAAGAGCCUUCUGCAAAUAUAUCUCUCCGAGUCUACCCUCAACGUUCACCAGAGGACUCAGCUGAGCAAGUUUCUCAGGCCCUCGGCAACCAAUUUCAUUCCCAAGAAGCUGGAGGGCACGCUAGAGUGGAUUUGGUCUCAAGAAGCCUUCAGAAUUUGGACCACCCAAACGCCAACAAACGUUGUCGCCACUUCCUCGUCCACCAAUGUUGCACAUGCAUCCGAUCUACCUGGCAGGGUACUCUUAAUCUAUGGGGUGAAGGGCUGCGGCAAGUCUGUCUUGGCUGCAUCUCUGGUCGAAAGCUUACGGGAGAGAGGAAAUACGACAUUUUUCUUCUCUUUCUGGGAAGGCUAUGGUAAAGAGAGGCGGACUGAUGCAAUGCUGCGAGCUCUGCUAUGGCAACUUCUUCAAAGUCUCCCCGAAGAACAGCAAAACCGCCACAUACCGCGCUUGUUGGCGAACCAGAUGCAAUUCAAGAAUCCCGAUUUUCUGGCCCUUGAGAUCGAGGCCUUGGCCCAAGACCAUCAAUCAGAUAUGUUUUGUGUCUUGGACGGAAUCGAUGAAUCAGCUGAUGACUGGAACAACAUCAAAAGUGGUCCCUUGGCGUGUUUGAUCGGGUUGCUCCAAUCCACACCCCAAAUUCGCCUUCUUUUGAGCGGCAGGCAGUCCAGUCUUCGUGCGAGUCUCCAAAGAUGGCCUCUACAUAUCGAGCUGACGAGAGAACUGGUCGAAGAUGAUUUGGCCAAAUUCAUAUCGUCCGAGUUGGACAACUGUCCCAAUAUCACCGACGAGACUCUUCGCAACAGAAUCCAACUCGAGUUGCAAUCCAAAUCUACGGUCAUGUUUUUGUGGAUUAAGCUGGUCUUCACGGAGCUGCGUUUGUCGUUCAGUCCUACAGAAAUCAGCCUGACACUGAGUCGUCUGCCUAAUGAGUUGGAUCGAGAGUAUCAUCGACUCUUCUCAAUGCUCAUGGAGAGACUCGCCGGGAGGUCUACCAAUCCCUCAAUUGGCAUGAUACGCGCAAAGGGACUUCUUAGCCUCAUCAUUGGCGCUUCCCGGCCUCUAACUUUGACGGAACUUCGCAUGGCCUACGCUUUUGCUUGCCCAUUAGCCUCACCAACUUCUGACUACCUGGAGAAUCUCAUCAGCGAAGAGGGAAUCAUAGAUGCAUGCGGGGACUUCAUAACCACCAACGAGAAUCUCAUUUAUCUUGGGCACACUUCUAUCCGAGAGUUCCUGCUUCGACCUGCGGACCAAUGGUACGACCAAGUCAGUAGUGUUGCCUACUUCCGCCUUGAGCCGAGUUAUUGCCAUCGCAAAAUUGGGCUCUCAUGUUUGAGAUAUCUGCAGCAAGUCAAGUGGGAGCAUUUAGAUCAAGUCGGCGUGGUUGAUGAGCUUGCGAGUCGAUAUCCGCUACUGAACUAUGCAUCCGGUUAUAUGACCUCACACUUCUUGGAGUCAGACUUUACUUCUCAAGAAGCAGGGAGUUAUUUAAGCGAUUUCUUCAACUCGCAAGAAUCCGCGGCCUGGAUGGAGUUCGUUAUCUCAUCCGACAAUGGCCACCUCCCAUUCACUUUUGGGACGACGCUUUGCUGUUCUGGGGUGCUUGGGAUAGCUUGA